CGGGGCUCCCCGCGUGGCUUCCGCUCCCGUUGUGUGAGGGGCCGAAUCCCAAACGGCCUCCGCGCUGCUCUCGCCGCCGCCGGGGUUUGGAGCCGGGCCCGGGGGCGCGGCGCCGUGCUGCCGCCUCGCCCCGCUCGCCGCCGCCGCCCCUCCCGGCCCGGGCCGCGCGCGCGCCCGCCCCGCGGCCCCGCUGCCCUCCGGCGGGCCCCGCGCCCCCUCGGCGCCGCGGCCCAGCGCGGGCCCCCACCCCGCCCCGCCGCCGCCCGCCCGGUGCCCGCCGCCGCCGCCUCGCCAUGUCGCUGCACGGGAAGCGGAAGGAGAUCUACAAAUACGAGGCGCCCUGGACCGUGUACGCCAUGAACUGGAGCGUCCGGCCGGACAAGCGGUUCCGCCUGGCGCUGGGCAGCUUCGUGGAGGAGUAUAACAACAAGGUGCAGCUUGUUGGUUUGGAUGAAGAAAGCUCAGAGUUCAUUUGCAGGAACACCUUUGAUCACCCCUAUCCUACCACAAAGCUUAUGUGGAUCCCAGACACCAAGGGAGUAUAUCCAGACCUGUUGGCAACCAGUGGUGACUAUCUGCGUGUGUGGAGAGUGGGAGAAACAGAGACCCGGCUGGAGUGUUUGCUGAACAACAACAAGAACUCUGAUUUCUGUGCUCCAUUGACAUCAUUUGAUUGGAAUGAAGUGGAUCCUUACCUUCUAGGUACCUCUAGUAUUGACACAACCUGCACUAUUUGGGGUCUGGAAACAGGACAGGUUCUGGGAAGAGUAAAUCUGGUCUCUGGCCAUGUUAAGACACAACUUAUUGCACAUGACAAAGAGGUGUAUGACAUAGCAUUUAGCCGUGCAGGUGGUGGGAGAGAUAUGUUCGCUUCAGUUGGUGCAGAUGGCUCUGUGAGGAUGUUCGAUCUCCGUCACCUGGAACACAGCACCAUAAUUUAUGAGGACCCACAACACCAUCCACUGCUGCGUCUCUGCUGGAAUAAGCAGGAUCCCAACUAUCUUGCUACAAUGGCCAUGGAUGGCAUGGAGGUUGUGAUUCUAGACGUUAGAGUUCCUUGCACUCCUGUUGCCAGGUUAAACAACCACAGAGCAUGUGUAAAUGGAAUUGCUUGGGCACCUCAUUCUUCCUGCCAUAUUUGUACAGCAGCGGAUGACCAUCAGGCUCUCAUCUGGGAUAUCCAGCAAAUGCCUCGUGCCAUUGAGGACCCUAUCUUGGCCUAUACAGCAGAGGGAGAAAUCAACAAUGUACAGUGGGCAUCGACUCAGCCAGACUGGAUAGCUAUCUGCUACAACAACUGCCUGGAGAUUUUGAGAGUCUAACAUUACUGCUUCAUGCCAAAUUGAGGCAGGGCUGUAUAAUUUCCCCUCCCCUCUAAAGUAAGAACAACACAAGUCAAGUGGCCAGUAUCUGUUGUUGCUUUGCAUCUACUGUUCCAAGAAACUGUUACAAGAAUUAAUGGCAGGUGUCUCCUGUCUCUCCAAGACUCUAAAAUGCAGAGACAUGCUGAGCCUCUUGGACCUUCUGGGUUCUGGUUUUAAUUUUUUUUCCUCGGUUAAAAAGUUCUGUAUAUUUGUUUGUUGACUGUGUUAAUAAGCUUGCAGGCGUUAAGUUGCUGCAUAUGUCCAUGUGUUUGUCAGCCAGCUGAGGCAGCACAUUCAGCUAGUUUAAUAGAUAUAAGUGCGAAACAAGGUGGGGAAAAGACACUGUUGUUAACAGCCACCUUGGCAGGAAUCUUUAUUGUUCCUGUUGUUUCUGCCUCUAAACUGUUUAAACAUUUGUAUGUUUUUUAUAUAUUGGGCUAACUUUCUAUUGAGUAAGGCUUUUCUCCCUAAUUCUUACUUUUGAUAUGUGAUCCACUUCCAUAUGCCCAAAGCAGGAUCUAUUCGUAGAUAGAAAUCACAAUAACACUGUAGGGUCCCUGGCAGUAAAGGCCUGCCAGAAUUAACUGUUGCCUUGGCUCUCUAUACCUGGUUACCUGGGCAGAAUCACCUGGUGCUGUGAAGUACUUGUUGCACAAUUUCUUUAGACUUUUCUGAUGCUAUAGGCGGUUGUUACAACGGUAGGCCUUGCUUUUAAAUUAUAACUGAAUUUACUGUGUCUCUCCAGAAGUUGUGUUAGGUAACAGAGUGGUAAUAGGUUUCAGAAAGAAGAUACUUGCAUGACUUGAGCUAUCUGUGAGGUAAAUGACUUCUGGGAAAAAGUGAUUUGUAAUGGACUUUGGAUUGACGUUUCCAAUCAAAUGAUUUCCCCUUAGAAGACUUACUAUCUGAACCAAAAUAAAAUGGUUUCACACUUUGUACCUUGCUUGAUUGGCAAAUAACCUGAGCAAGAUUUUGUGGUUAACUCGUAUUUUGGCACUUCUUUGCAUUUGGUUUGUAUUCCUGGGAGUUCUUGAAAGGCGCACAAAGCAAUCUUUUUCCUAAGUGGAUUUGCUUUGUACUGUCAGAUCUUGUUGAAUGAGUGAGAUGUGUUGGAAAAGCUGGUCUACUGUCCAAAUGAAAGCUGUUUCUCUAAAAGAAAUGAUUCUCUGAUGUAAUGCACAAAGGUGGGUUUAAAUUGAAAGAAACUGUGCCGUCAAGGCUGUGGUUUGGUGCUAGUCAUUGUCAUGUCUUUUGGGAUGAAACCCAGGGGCUUUUGUUUCUGUUUUGAGUAGUGAAUUGCUCUACAGUAAUGUUUUGCAAUCAAAGCUGAGCGGUUUAGGCAAGCUAAAAAUCUUUAAGAAAGUCUUAAUGCAACGUAGCUAUUCAAUGCUCCACGGUACUCUCCUGAUGAAGACAUGACAACCAUAGCUGGACUGUGAGGUAUACCAGCUGAAUCUUGAUGUAAAUGUCAAACUACCAAAAUUGUCUUUCAAUCUAGUGAGUAUUCACCUACAACUAGAAGCAGCCUUAUAAACAGUAGGACCAUGGCAAACUUGCCUUUUUUCCAGUUUAUGCAGGGAAGGCAAGUUGGGAAAAAUGAGUGCUGUGAAACAGUGAAGCUGACGCUGAGACUGCUGUCAAAUACAGAAUCUGGAAAAAAAGAUUUGUCAUUCUGGACACAUUGAAAACGAUGAUUCUUCUCCAGGUUACUUCUCAACAUACGGCACAGAAAAGCACCACUUUGUGAAUUUGAUUGGAAUUGAUUAGCGAUAGCUCUAUGUUACCCCUUUUAAUAUCAGAGAGCCAAGAGAGACUACAAUACAGUUCAAGCUCAUGCGUUGUCAAUGACCUUCUGUGUUCAGUUGUGGAAUUUCUGACAGAAAACGUGACUUUAUGUUAGGGUCAGUUUUUCUUACUAGCUGCAGUGUUGAGAGUGGCGUGUUGCACAGACAGAUUUGAUCUAGAUAUCAGAACAGCGUUAGCCAAACAAUUAGGUUAUCAUUCUCCACAAUAGCACUUCAUCUUAAAUUGGAAAAUGCUUGCGCAGAAUUAGGAAGCGAAAAUUAGGUUUUUUUUAGCAGCAGUGUCUAAUUGCAGGCACAGCUUUAGUCAUAUAAAAAUGCGUAUGCAGGCUUGUAAUGUACUGUUUAAUUACAAACGGUAGGCAUAAUGUGCUGUGUUACUAAGAGGGUUUUUAACUUUCUGACUUGGAGUGCAAACCUAGUUGUUACUAGACAAGCUUUUUAUUUAACCUGCUGUGGAUUGGGGAAUGAUGGGAACUACCUGUAACACUAGUACUUUCAGUAGUCCCCUUCAUGCUUUGAAGUCUCAUUGUCUUACAGAUGGUAAAAGAUGAGUUAAAAGAUGAUUGCUGCUUCUGCUUAGCCAAAACCACUUUCUCUGCAAUUGUAGAGCUGUGCUCUAAAAAAGACCUAAGCUAAUUUAGUUGGAAGUUGAGUCACUACAAGACUCCAUAGGCUAUACCUAAUGGCAAAUACAGUCCAUUCUUACAGGAAUACAAUCUGUUAUAUUAAGAUGGAGAGAAAGAGCAUGUAUAAAGGAGCUAAUAGUCUGAAUAACCAGGUAGCUUUUGCUACUGUUAGAAAAUGGUUCUGUUGUGAACCUGAAGAGGAUCCAGUGCAAGUCCCUCCACCCACAAAACUGCUUGAAGUUCAUUUGUGGGAUUGGGAUCUGAUUCCAAGCUCUUCAAAGGCAAGUGAAGGAAUUUUGAAGGCUCCAGUGGAUUCUAAAUAAAGCCCAUAUCUUGUUUAUUUAGCCGGCUGGGCUGCCUUCUGGAUCAAUAACAUAUUGCUUUGGGCAUAGUCCGUUACCAUUCUUCAUAUGAAGUUUCAUUUGAAAUCACUGGAUGCUGUUUUGGAACAGGGAAAUGCUACUUAAAAUAGCUUCUUUUCAAAGAAGUCACUUGGAAGGUUAAUGACUGCAAACUCAUGAAAAUCCUCAUGGGUGAGAUGUUUGGUAGUGCAAAUGGCACUUCCAUUUAGGUGGAGAGUGAGAGAUGGUGCCCUUCUGCCAACACCUUCUGACACAGUGGCAAUGAACAAACUAUCUAUUUGCUGGUUUGAGUUAAUCUGCAAGAAAAAAUAAAACCUUGAUUUGUCACUGUAGCCCAUGAAUCAGAAGAAAUGGUUGAUUGUAUUUCACCAGCUUAACAUUCAAUUAAUUAUGCUGGGUGUAAAGCAUCUGUAAGAAUUUUUUUUCCUGGAGUUUAUGGAAACAACUGCUUCAGCACUUGAUCUUGAAAAUUUUUGUGUUUGCUAGAUGUUGAAGAGCAACUGCUUUCAAACUCCUCAUAUCCCUUGAGUGUAAAGUAGCACUAAGGGAAAAGUCUGAGCCUCAGUGAGGUUAGCAAAGUAGAAAAUAACAUGGUAUUGUUAAAACAAACAAGACUUUGACUCUGGGACAAAAAUGACGUUUCCUCGGACUUUGCUAAUUCUGUAUUACUUUUUCAGUUGAUUAAUUCCAGAUACUAAGCUAUUGUUUGGUUGUUUUGUUCUGUUUAAACCAAGCUUUUGCCAGAUUCCACCUGUUAUGUGGACAACCUGUUGAUAGCGUAUUGGCUCUCAACCAGAAGAUCUUGGUCAUGUAAAAUUCAUUACUGAAGUGAAAAGCUACAGGGGAAAAAACAAAUUGAAUGCUGAAUUAGUGUGUUAGGAUGUUAAUUCUGUAAAUGUCUAAAUGAAAUGGCCUAUGGUAGGUUGCAUCUACUGGACUUGUACUUCUGUGUGCAGGGAUUUAAUAGGCAAGGAUUUGAGUGCUUUGACAAUCUAUUUAGAAGGGAAACACUGGUUUCAGAGAAUGGAAUGAAAGACUGAUAAUACAGGUUGUUCCUUAUGGAACCUUGAAAUGUACUUAAAGAGGGAGGCAUUGCCUCUCAUAAGUCAAAAUUAAUGAUCCUUUCAAAACUUAGCUGUAAUUAGUCUCCUGAAUGUUCUGGAUAAUAGUAAAAAAGAUCUAUUUUUGCCUGGUGUCACAAUGUGAAAGGCAUAUCAGUCUCAGCUGUAGAUCAUUGCCUACCAUAGACUAGGAGAGGGGAGAAGUCUAAUAUAUAGGAAUUCACAGAUGCUCUUGUGCUUGUUUUAAAUGUAAAUUAAGAAAGCUGAGUAUCUGUUUUGUUCUCUUACAGAUGGCACUUUAACAAGUAUAUAUUUGGUAAGGCUAGGAAGUCAUCUCUUCCCCAGUCUUUUUAUGGUAGGCAUUUGUCUGUGUUUUGUAUAAAGUGUUAAAUACAGCAGUUACUGAAAUCCUAAACUGGCUAUGACUGUUGGUAUUUAGUGGACCCUCAUCUGUUUCUAGUGAACACCAGAAACGUGAGCACUUGACAACACUGUUAAUGUUACAGACCGAAGCUCCUAUAUUCUGCGAAUGAUAGUCUUGCAAGGCCAGCCCAAGUGAUAUAGUGCUUUUUGUCACCCAGAUAGUCCCUUUGCUUUGCUUAGGAACUUGGCCGCAUUUGGGAAUCAUCUUUUCCACCUUUUGAAAAUGAUGGCAGUAAUGGCAGGUUGGUUGUAUAGAGAUAGGUGGAUUCUUCAGAUAACUUAUUUUUGUGAUGGAAAAAUGGCUGCUGCUAUCUGUAAAUUCAUACAACUUAAAGGGAACUGACAAGUUCAACAACUUGUUAGCAGUGUUUUAACUCCUUUCCGUAUGUCCUGAAAGGAUACAUGGCAGCAAGGGUAAGCUAUUGGCUCAACAGAUUGCACAGUAACAGGUCCAUCAAAAUACCGAAGGGUUUAGUCUUCCUAUUGCUUAUUAGCAAGAUGGUCCUAUCACCUCAAAUCUGAAUGAUGUUAAUCCUGUCAAUUAACAUAUAAGUUCCCUCUGAUACAUGUUUACUGCUUUCUACUGUCAGACAGUAUUCCAGACCAGACCUAAAUUUAUUGUCCAGUGGACAUUAAAAUGAGGCAUCCAAAAUCUGUUCUGGAAUGGGCAAGGUCCUGUCAACUGUGUCCCCAGUUUUCUCAGUCUUUGCAGAGAAUCCAGGGAAUUACUUGUAUGUGGCACUUAAAGAGCACUUUCUCAUGCUUGCUUAGAGGUGCAGCUAUAUUUUCCCCCCUGCUCACCCUAAAGAAGUCGAAAAUGUUUCUUUGUCAAGGAUAUUGAGAGGAGUUUAGCAUUCCCUUGAGUCUUCCUUUAGGAAGAGAUCUCCAGAACCUUAGAUGAGCACCUUUCACCAGCCCUGAAAAGCAGCAGUUAAAAAUGCAACUGGACACCAGUCACUGAAUGCUCAUCUAGCAAGUCAUGGCAGACUCUAGAGGCAAAGGCACUUGUGAGACUUGCUUGCUUCUGUCUGACUUCAGAAAACAACUGUUUGCAAGGCCACUGGUACUUAGCAUCAAGUUAGAAUAUCUGCACUCAUCAGAGAAAACUCUGUCUGGCUUCCUUAAAGUUUCUUCCUUUUCAGAAAAUCUAACAAAAGAAAUAAUCAGCUUAUUUCCUGAAAAAUAUUGCAGCCAUGACUAGCUGUAAGCCUGUUUGCCAGCUCUCAUUCAUACCCACGAGUCAGCAUCUCAUAGAAUUUGCUUUCCUAUUUGUAAAACAUGCAAAUCUCAAGUCUCUUCUGUGAGAGAUUGGGACUGGUCUGUCAGAUCUGAACAAAGGCAGAAAUGCAAGAACUAGUGAAUGAAAGUCAAUAGUACAGCUGUGAAGCAAUGCGAUGCUUUUUUGAUAACCUGGUGAAUAUGAAUUAUGAUAUCUACUAUUUAAAAGGAACUUUUUUUAAAACUUGGGUUGCUAGCAGUGUAAAAUGUAAUUUAAAUCUAUUGCGCCGAAGCAUUUUUGUUAUCAGUAGUCAAGUAGAUGUUUACUUUUAUGUGUGUUUUCCCUUCUGCUGUUCCCAUUCACAGUCCCGUUGUGGUAACUUCCUGAAGGUGUAAUCUUUGUAGCAUGAUUGUACAAACAUCCAUAUGAAAUUCCUGACUUCUUGUUCUCACUAAAAUGUGUUAAAGCAAUAGUAGUUUUACUUCUGUCCUUUUUAUUUUCUCCACCUUCCAUACUUGCAACUUUGCGACUAUACUGUCCUAGAGGAAUCCUAAUAUCCUGCUAUUCAACUGACAUAUAUGUUGUUGACAUGGAUAACUGCAGUGUCCCUAUAUUCCUUUAUUUUUAUGGAGAAUAUACAAAAGGUUUUGUUACAAUGGAUUUUAACACCUGAGUCAUGGAACCAUAUUGUUGAAACUCUGUAAAUUUUAAGGCAAUUUUCUGGAAUCGCUUGAAAGUGGAAUGUUGCAUCCUUUUAUGCUAUUUCCUGCUUCCUAUGUAGUUUUAUUCAGAUUUUUUAACCUUCUUUCUAAGUUUCAGCCUCCUGUGUAUUAGGUACAGUAUUUUCUGCCUUUCAUACUUUGUAAUAAAAAUGGAACAUUUGUAGAUUGA